AAUAUAAAAAUAUUUUAAUUUUAAAAUAAUAAAAUGAACUAUUUCAAGUAGCCUAGAUUAAACUGAAUGAGUUUUUAAUUUAUUUUUGAAAUGCUGUUGAAUCCAAUCUAUGAAUACAUUUUUAUGUAUAAAAGAAUCAAAUUUGUUUGAAUAAGUAUAAUUAUAACAUUAUGUUUUUUAAUUUUUUACAUUUACAAAAAAAAAUCACCUUUUAAUUUUAUUUCUUUUAUCAAACUAAGAGUACAAUAUCAAAAUUAUUUUCAUUUAGAGUGCGAUUUCAAAAUUUGUUUUUGGUAAUUGUUUCUUAUUUAAUAAUUACAGGGUUUGGCAUUGAAUCAUGUAUCUGCCCUUGCUGAGAUAUAUGACAUACUAAACCAUUUAUGUUGUAAAUAUAAAUUUUCAUGGGCUAUAACAUGGGCUUCUAAAAUUAAUAUUAAUCAAACUAUGUCGAAUCCAAACAAGAAAUAUACUUUUUUAAUUCAAAGUAAUUCUUGUUAUUUGAAAGAUUUUAACUCUUUUGAAUUUAUGCACUCAUGUGAAUAUGAGAUGUAUUUCGGCAAAUAUGAGAUUGAGCAAACCAUUAUUGAGAAAGCACUUGAAUCAAAGUACGGCUACCAUUCUAUUACUAACCUUGAUGGUGAAGACAAUCCAUAUCCGGUAUUUGUAAAGCAAUAUGACAUAGAUGUUGUUGUUGCAAUUUGUCUACAAAAUCGUUACACAAGUAAUGAUGUUUAUGUAGUAGAAUUUUAUUGGCCUGCAACGGAGAGUGAAACAUCAAAAUCUCUUGCUCCUCGUAUCUUCAAUGACUUGAAACAUAUGGAGAAAAAGUUUGUAACAGUAAAGGUUGCAGGCACCAAAAAAGCUAUUUCAAACAUUCCAACAUCUUCGAACACAUCAAGGCGUUUGAUAAUAGCUGAAGAAACAGAGGACGUUGAUGCAGUAGAAAUAAACGGGGUUAAUGUGGAGAUUUUUCCCAAUGGUCACCCUGAGAUUGUAAAAGCAAUUAAGGAGAAACCCUCAAAAGCCACACAGAGAAAGUUGAGGUCUAAGGUUUGGGAUCACUUUGAUAGGUUUGAAGAAGAUGGAAAACAAGUAGCCAAAUGCAAACAUUGCCCCAAGGUGCUUACAGGGUCAAGCAAGAGUGGGACCACACACUUGAAUAACCACUUGAAAGUAUGUCCUGGUAAGAAGAAACAAAAUCAAGAAAGCCAGUUGAUACUUCCAGUUGAUACCAAUGAAGGAAGCUUGAGGUUUGAUAAAAAAAGGAGUCACAUGGAUCUUGUGAAAAUGAUGAUUAAGCUUCAAUGUCCUUUGGAUAUGGCUGAACAAGAAACCUUUAAGAAUUUUUUGAAAGGUUUGCAACCCAUGUUUGAGUUUCAAUCCAAAGAUAUUUUAUCUUAUAUACAUCACAUUUAUGACGAAGAGAAGGAGAAACAUCAGCUGUAUUUUGAUAAGCUUGCUAGUAAAUUCAAUCUGACAGUGAGUUUGUGGAAGAACAAUUCUGGAAAGACUACCUAUUGCUCUUUGACAUCACAUUUUAUUGAUGAUGGUUGGGAACUAAAGAGGAAGAUUCUUGCCUUGAAAACUUUGGAGCAUAUCAAUGACACAAAGGCUUUAGGCGAAAUUAUUGGGAGCUUGGUUUUGGAGUGGAAUAUAAGCAACAAAGUAUGCUCCAUAACCGUGGAUAACUCUUUUUUGAAUGACAGUAUGGUUGAUCAGAUAAAAGAAAUUUGUCUUAGUGACCAGGGCUCUGUUUCUUCAAAUCAUUGGCUCAUAAGUUUCACACUUCUCGAGGAUGGGUUCCGUGAGAUGGAUGGCAUACUUUUUAAGUUAAGGAAGUCCAUUGAAUAUGUCACUGAAACAAGACAAGGAAAAUUGAAAUUCCAAGAAGCUGUAGAUCAAGUGAAGCUACAUGGUGGGAAAUAUUGGGAUGAUCUUUCUUUCAGGCUGGAAUCAGACUUUGACGUACUUGAUAGUGCUUUGAGAUCAAGAGAAAUCUUUUGUAAACUGGAGCAAAUUGAUGAAAAUUUUAAACUAAACCCAACAAUGGAGGAAUGGGAGAAUGCAGUAGCUCUACAGAGUUGUUUGAAAUGCUUUGAUGAUAUCAAAGGAUCUCAAUGCCUUCCUGUAAGUUUGUACUUUCCAAAGCUUUGCGACAUAUACAAGAAAUUUCUUCAGUUGGAAAAAAGCUGUCAUUCAUUUGUUACAUUGAUGAAGAGGAAAUUCGACCACUAUUGGAGCUUAUGCAAUUUGGCAUUUGCUGUUGCAUCUGUUCUUGAUCCAAGGUUAAAAUUUAAAAUUGUGGAGCUCUCCUAUAGGGUGAUUUAUGGCCAUGUCAGUAAGAUGCAAUUGAACAAGUUUCAUAAAGUUCUUCGGGAUGUCUACUAUAAAUAUGCCAGUGAAGCCAAAAGCCUAACUACAUCUGCUUCAGUCUUCGAUGAUUUCGAUUGUUCAACAAUAGGGCUUGGAAAUGAUAGUAUUUUGGACUCCUUGAGUAAAUUUGCAUCUGCAAGCAACUUUAAUGAGGAGGCCCCAUGGAAGCUAGAGCUUGAGCUUUACUUAGAUGAACCUUUACUUCCCAUGGACGGAGCAUUUUUUGACAUACUUGGUUGGUGGUGUGAUAAAUCUCAAAGGUUUCCAAUACUUGCAAAGAUGGCUCGAGAUUUCCUUGCAAUUCCGAUAUCAGUUUCCACACCAUGCUCAAGUAUUAGUGCCAUAAUCAAUAAUCCAGCCUACAGUAGCUUGAAUCCCGAGAGCAUGGAAGCCUUGGUAUGCAGUGAAAACUGGUUGGAAACUCCAAAAGAAAAUGAUGGAGAAAAUCAUGAACCCAUGCAAAUUACGGAUAAAAGGAAAAGGAAGAUGGAUGAGGACUCUCAUCCAGUAAAAAAUUCCAAACCUUCGAAUCUUGAAAAAGCUAUUAAUACCGAAGACAUUGCUAAAGAUUCCAACAACAAUGACUUUAGUCUAUCUUUUGACAAUUGGAUGGAGCCACAAUUUUCUUCUUCAGAGUCUAUUGGUGAAAAAGCAGAGAUCAUGAAAGCUUUGGUUUGCAAUGAAAAUAGGUUGGAAUCGUCAAUAGGAAAACCUAAUCAUGAAAAAAAUGUUGAUGUCGUAAUUGAAAUUGUGAACAAUGAUCCAUUAUUCGAUAAUAAUCAAUCGGAUGAGGUUCAGAGUUCAUCUUCUGAGUCUGAAGAUGAAGCAACAUUGAAGGAGCAAGGACCAUGGUGUGAACAGGAUAUUAAGGCAUAUUUACUCUCAAGGUUUACUAGCAAGGAGCAUAAACGGCUAGAUAAAUGGCAAAGGAAUGAGUUGAAUGGAAAAUUGAUUGGACGAGAUAAAAAAUUUAAAUUCCAAGGUGAGAUAUUGGCACCUUUACUCAUGGUGCCUCAAAGUGAUGAAACUCGAAAAGAGUGUUAUAUUAAUGAUUCGGUUGUUAAUGCUUUCUUUGAAUUGCUUAAGAAGAGAUCUGAUGAAUUUUCAAAUACAUACAUCAAUCACUAUUCAUUAGACUCUCAAAUAGCUGCUCAGUUGAUAAAAGGAUGCAGGUCAGAACUUGAAGUAUUAAAUUGGUUUAAAGCUGAGAAGCUAAGGGGUGUACAUAAAUUGUUUUUACCAUUGUGCUUAUCAUCACAUUGGGUUCUGUUCUAUGUUGAUAUCAAGGAAAAAAAGUUUUCAUGGUUGGAUCCAGAUCCAUCUUCCCUGAUACUAUCUUACCAUUUCGAAAACCAUGUUAAAGUAUUAUUACAGUGGUUCACAAGCUUCUUACUCCCGAAGCUUGGUUAUAUUGAUGCAAAUAAAUGGCCAUUUAUAGUGCGUAAUGAUAUCCCAAAGCAAAAAAACUCGGUUGAUUGUGGGGUAUUCGUGAUGAAAUAUGGUGAUUGUCUUACGCAUGGUGAUUGCUUUCUUUUUAAACAAGAAGACAUGGUUCAUUUUCGUCGUCGUAUCUUUCUUGAUAUAUACCGUGGAAGAUUACAUAAAAAAAAAAAACAAUGAUUGAUGUAUUAUUUUGGACUCAAAGAAUGGAUGUGAAUUCGAAUUUUUGAAAUUUGAAAGAAAUUAUUGUUA